UGCGAGGCGGACGCCCGCCCGCCCAACGCGCAACCCACGUUCGUGUUCCGAAAAAAAAUUUAAGUCAACUUAUGAAAUAAAAUUUAAAUACUUUUGCAUAGUGUAGUGUGAUAUCUAAAACGCAGUUUGCAGUAAAUCGGAUUACGUAUUUGAAGAUAAUGAGAUGGAGCGCAGCGUCCGCGGUAAGGUGACGAAACUCAUGCGGCAUCACAAAGAGACGCCAUGGAGCUAGUGUGAAGAGAGAGAGAGACAGACAGACGCGGUCGUAUGGAGAUGAACGGGACGGAGGCGCGGGGCGAGGAAGCCGUGGCUCUGACGUUGAGCGUGGCCGUCACCGUCAUCUCCGCUAUAGGACUGCUGCUCAACGCUUAUAUACUCUUCAUAAUUGUUAUUACUAAGCAGCCAGCGUCAGCAUCAUCAGUUUUAUUAGUGCACCUGGGUGCUGUGGGUGCGCUGGCGAGUGGCGCGGCGUUGUGCGGGCGGGGCGGCGCGUGCGCAUGUGGGGCGCUGCUACACGCGCUGCAUCCGCUGCAACUGUGGACUGUAUGCGGACUGCAUGCUGACCGUGCAGCAGCUAUAGCUGCUCCGUUGCAUUAUGCUGCUAUUGUUUCUGCUCGAAAGGUGAUGAUAUGUGUUGCCGGCGGAUGGGUGGCAACAGCAGCUCUUCUGGCCCCGUUGGCCGCAGCGCAGCCUCCGCUAUCCUUCAACAGCGGGCUCGGCAACUGCGCGCCCGACUGCGGCUCCGGCCCCGCCGCGCUCGCCUUCUGCCUGAUCUACGCUAUACUCACCCUACUCCUCCCCGUCGUACUCGUCCUACUCUGCAGUCUUAAAAUACUCCGCAUCGCCCGCUACCAUCGACACAGGAUAGCUGCAGCUAUCUACGAAGUCACGCUCUCAGCUCAAGUCACUGUAACACACCAACGCAACCCAUUCUCCCCACCACCGCCACCCCGACGACGAGCCUUGUCAGCAAUCAUCCAACCUCUAGGAUCCUUGGCAAUCCUCUACUUUCCUUACUACUGUGUUCUAAUCUGGCCAGCCAUUGCCAUUCCCCCACAGCCUGUCGCCGCAAUAGCAGCCGUAUUGCUAGCAGCAGCUCCCCCUAUCAACGGAAUUUUGUAUGGAAUCAGAAGCCGUGCGCUCCGAGAUUCCUUGCGUAAUUAUAGACGUAAAAGAAUGACGAAAAGUGAAGUAACUCAGGAAAUCCAAGCGAGGACUCCUAGUGCGUGUGGGUCUCGGAGACCUUCAUUGUCGGCUGGUUCAGGAUGUAUACGGCCGCCGACAACUAGACGGUUAUCAGAUGCCGCGGCGAUGGGGGCUCGCGGGUCGGAGCGGCCGGCGCAGCGCGCGGCUUCUUGUAAUAUGCUGCAGGAUUCACAGGAAGAAGACAUGCCUCGACCACGAACUUCCGCAAUUCCUUUGAUCCGUGCUCCGCCACAUGUUGUGUUAGGCAGGGCACUAGGAUUGGAAGAAACUGGUACUAGAGGUAGGCGAAGACAAUCGCCUCGGAUCACUGUGACUCGGGCAAUGUCUGAUGAGAGCGAGUCUCCGACGAGGCGUCCUCUUUGUCGGCAGCAUUCUCGUUCCAGUGGCGCCUUGUUGGGAGGCAUGUCAUACGCCCCCGCCCUCUCCGAAAACAUGAGCAUCGACCAUGCUGAUGAGCAGCUCCUUCUGUCGUGGCCGCAGCACCAGGCCAACACUAAACAUAACGCUUUCUAAAACGGGUAUUGUUAGGAUAGUUUCAGAUAGAUGUGCAUUUAAAGACAAUAAAUAAGUGUGCGGUUCAAAGUCGAGUCAGCUUCGGUGUAAUCAGAUGUUUAUUUUUUAAAUGCUUUGUACCUAACCGUCUCUACUCGACCUUUUCCGACCAAGUCGUGACCAAAUCUAAAGUUUCCUACUAUUAGUACUUACUGUAUUAUUAGACGUAAUAAUUUCUCCUACAGGGUUCCUCCAUAUCGUUAGCUUUACCUACAGAAGUAUUAUUUUAGAAAGUAUUUCUAUAAAAAUACCAAAUUUCUGAAAUAUUCCAUAGGUAUAGGACAGAUUUUAUGAAAUUGUUGCAUUUUAUUUUAGAUGUAUAUCAUAUUUUUAUAGACUCUUCUAAGAAUUGUUAUAAACUUAAUUCACGUAUGUGUUCUAGUGUUUGCAGAAGAUAAAAUAAUAAUGCACGGAAUUAGUCUGAGAUGUAAAUUAAAUUUAUUUUUAGUACAAUUGCAACGCUUUUUCUUAGCGCCGCCGUCCAAGUCUGAAACUGCUUAAAAUGUUUUUCAAAUUUGAUGACAAGUAUAAAAUUGUUAAUAACAUAAACAUGAAUUUAUGUAAAAAUAAAAUAUACUUUAAUAACGUUUUUCUACCUAUACAUAUUUAGACUCGAGAAAUUUUCUACACCAUCUUGAGAUAUUGCCAAAAAUUGUACCUAACCUAUAAAGAAGCUAUUCAGUAAUUCGGAUUUUGUAAUAAACUCAAUUUGUGAAUCGAUUGCUUUUAUUUUGUGAUCUGUAACUUGAAGGCAAAAUAACAGACUCGCGCCGGAAUCACAAAAAAAAAAUUAACAAACAUAGUUUCGCGGUUUUCGUUUCGCAGCAAAUUUUUUUUUUUUUGAUUAAGCAUUACUUAUUUUUUGAUCUAUAUAUAUGGUUGGCGGGUUCGCGGUAAUUCGCGGCGAGAGUCUCCACUUUUUUUUAUUUGCACCUAUAUUUUUUACACUGGAUUCUAAAUUAUUUUUGCAUAUUAAAGUAAUAUAUAUUUGCAGUACUGUCCUGAUGGUAGAGUAGUUCUAGAAUAAAAAAAUAUAUGUCGUUAUUUAAUGAUAAAUGUUUAUGCAGAUAAUACGAACUGUUAUUCUAGUCAAAAGAUCUUAUUUUAAUGUAUCAGUGUUUUAAGUUAGGUUAAUUAAGUGAUCAAUUAAACAAAA